AGCGCCGCGGCUGGCGCGACGUGACGUGUUUUCGUGCGAAGGCGAUGCGUUGUGUUGUUUGAGUUUCUUACUACGAAGGCGCCGUUUGCGUUGUUAUUUCGUUGAAAAUUCAAGCAUUGGGGUUCUAAAACGGUGGCCAACAUGUCACGAAGAAGAAAGGUAAAGUCAUUGACGCGUUUUGAGCGUGUUAAAACGUUUUAGUUAAGCGUUUUGUUUUUGGGAAGUUCUCCCUUGGCAUUUAGCCAAACGUAAAGAUAUUCGCAAAAUACUGACUAAACAGGUCAUUUUUAGAUAGCUCUUUUUGCCAUCACCCCAACGGACACAUUUUCUUUAGGUUAACAUAAGAACUGAUGAAUUUUGUGAGCUAUUUUGAAACGAUCGCGUGAUCGGAAUCAAUUAUCUGCAGCCGUUAGGGAAAUAAUUAACAGAAAUUUAUGCAGAAUUUUGCAUAAUUGUUUCCUACAGUUAUGAGCACCAAAUGGCCUCUAAAAAUAUGAUAACAAAUUGGAAGGAAUAACUUUUUUUGGUUUUUAUUGCUAAUUUUGACAUCUAGCUUUUAAAAUAUAAGCUGACUAUUUCUUAACCAAAGGUAAUGCAAUAAAAUAAAUCCUUUGUAAGCUUAUUGAAAACAUUCUAAACCAAAAAACAAAAUUACCAUAAAUUUUCCCUUGAUGUUUUCACUUUGUUCAAAAUUUCCCUUGAUGUCACUGCUCCUGUGUUAACGUUAAUUGACUACGCAAUUCCAAUACUAUAUUAAAUUAAAACACAAAGAAAGAUAACACUCCAUGUUGGUGUUAAAGGGGGGAAACUGCUCUGCUAUUGGUGUGAUGUUCAACUUUCCCGCGUGACAAAAGCAUGAAUACAGCCCAACCUAUCUCCCCAGUGGAGUGUAUCAUGCUGGAUCAAAACCUCACGCAAUCUAAAAGCCUUACUCUUCAAGGCACUAAAAGCUGAAAACCCAGGGGCCCCACUCACAUAUUUUAAUGAUGGGGGGGUCCGAAGGAUUUUUUUGGGUCGGAAAUUUUGGCCAAAAGGGAUUUUUUUGGGUCUAUGAGAGACGCUGGGAUUUUUUUGGGUCGCAAAAACAACACAGGGAUUUUUUUGGGUAUUGUACUUUUCAUCAGCUCAAAUAAAAAAUAACAUAAGCGCAAUUUAUAGUUUUGUUUUGACCAAAACCAAAGUUGAAGUUGGCAUGUUUUAGCUUUCCAGAAGAUAAAUAAUAAAAUUUACUGAUACAAAAACACUGAGGGAGUUUUUUGGGUAUGCUGAAAAAAGUAGGGAUUUUUUUGGGUAGACAAAUUCUGAAAGUGGGAUUUUUUUGGGGUAUAAAAUAUGAACCUCUGUCGGACCCCCCUGUCAUUAAAAUAUGUGAGUGGGGCCCCUGGGGCUGAAAACCUACGGCUCAGCAUUGUGCAACCUAAUGGAAUGAGUGUAGGCAGUUCAUAAUUCGCUUAAGCCAAUAUAUUAACAGCAAUAGGCCUCCACCACCGGCAAGUGCUGAAUUGGAAAACGAUUAAACAUUGGCAUAUAACAGAGCUAAAGCUAAACCCAAUAUUAUUGAAAUAGUGCAAAAACAUGAAGCUUGGGGUCAAGUUGCUGGGAGACUUAACUGAUCUAUAGUAGAUACAAGAGGUGAACCACAUUUUAUUUGUGUUACAACAAAAAUGCCUCCAAAGGGAGGGAGGGAGGGGAAAAAAGUACGAAAUUUACAAGUAAACUGUUCAGUAAGCAAGCAGGCUAAGCGAAAGAAGGAGGUUGCAUAAAAUAACCUUUUUAUAGUUAGACAUAUGUCUAAAGCUAAGCCAAUGGAUGAUGGCAUACAAUAGUGUUGUAGCAAUACACGGUACGUACAGCGAGACAUGAAUAGAGGUAUUGAAUCUAGCCAUACAGAAUGAAUGUUACAAACCUAUCAGACAGUGUUGGAACAUUUUGACCUUGGUACCUGUCUGUACCAUUUUAUUACGAUGAGACAAACAUAUUAUACUCUUGUACCUUCAUGGCUGACGUUGCAUGGCAUCAGUUGCUCCACUUACAAUAAUAUCAAUCCUCGGGAACUCUGACGCAUCACGCCCAUUAAAUGCGAUUUACCGUUUCACUGUAAAUCUUUAAUUUAACUGUCAUUAUUCUUAACUAUUAUUAAAGCAUUUAUUGGAUAAGGCUAGGUAUGAUCUGAAAAAUAUUAUGCAGGCCUUGGAGAAUGUUAUCCACUGAGGCCUAAGCCGAGUCCAAUAAUUGUUGUAUUAUUUGUUUCUUCAUUUUCCUGUUUCUUGGCAAGUUCAGUUUAGUCUCACAGAUAUUCUUCAAAUGGCAGAUGUCAUUCACUGAAUUGCAUUCUUGCUGUUCUUGCAAUGUUGUAAGGCAGUAGUUAAGCCAUUUUUUCUUCAUGAAAUUAUGGGUAAACCCUGGAAAAUUCCAUUGUCACGAGGUGUAGUCUUGAAGGCACUGGUCAGGGCUGUCUGUAAACAUCUGGGACAGGGAAUUUCCCUGGGCUAUUAUGAGCAUGAUCCCUGGCUUCUUUUGUACGAAACAAAAGGAAAAUUGAACCAAAAGAACUUUCUAGCAGUUCAAUUCCCUGCUUACUAAUUGCAUAAACCUUGUAACUUGAAGUCUAAGUGACAGCCCUGCUGUUAAAUAUCUCUAACAUUCUCAGCACAAAAUGUAAAAAUAUUAUUCUUAUUUAUAGAGUGCAUCAAGCGCGAAAAAAUCAUCAGAAAAUGCUACUGAUCAAGAGUCAGAUGAAUGGAGUGAAGAGGAGAAGAAAAGACUUCUGGACGCUUUAAAAAGGUAUUAUUUGCUUUUGUAUGAAGUCUUGCCUUUAUAUUCUCCUCUAGAGCUGAAAACAUGCCCAGUACCUGUGUUCUUUAUGGUUGUAACAGUUACAACCAAUCUCCAAAGAGGUAUCAGGGUCCAUAAAAUUCCAUUCUGAAGUGAUACAAUCAAGGCUGUGCUCUUGUAGCACCUGGUGGCCCCUGGCACAUAGCUUUUGCUCCAGGACAACCAGAAGAACCUAGAUUUAAAAAUAAAAAAAAAACUUGAGCUGGGCACCCUGAGUUUCACAGGCUCAAAGCAAAGGGCUCCCUUCAAUGUUUUGAGCACAGCCUUGAAAAUGUAUGCAUGCUGAAUGUUUUCUUUAUGUCCUGAUAUCCAGUUAUAAAAUCUCCAAACUAAUCUCCAUACUUUUUCUUAAAGAAAUAGUUGAAAGAAUUUGAUAAAAGAUCAAAGCAUUUUCCCUGAGGUGAUCUUUUAUUAAUUUUCAUAACCUUUUCUCUUGAUGAUGUAUUGAUGUUGUUAGGAGAAGAUUGAUGUUGGUCAGUCUUGGAACUUAAAGUGUUAAGAGGAGAAGGAGGCUCAGUUGAGAGACCAAAGUUCAAGGGGUUUUUAUCAACCACAAUAACUUCUUUGUACAGGUCACAAGGAAAAACAUUUUGUUUUGCAAAAAAAAGACUGAAGCCUAGUUGCAUUUUAAGAUUAUUUGCAUUGUACAAAAUUUUGUUAGGGAUGAUGGUAAAAACAAUUGGCGCUGGAUUACAAGGCAAGUGAACUCAAAGACAAUGAACCAGGCAAGUGCUUGAUUGUAGUUUUAUAUUAAUCCAUUUGAAAAUGUGGAAAUUUUGUCAGCUACAAGGUUUGUGCCAUGUUUGCUGUACAACGCUUAGUAACCCUUAGUCUGCUCACUUUAAUGCUGCCCACCACACAGAAAUCCAAAACAGGAGAAGGGGGAAAAGGUAGCUAAAACGCUGCUAUUACAAGGAGUGUAAGAGCUAUAGGCCAUGUGCAUUCUUGGAAAGGAAGACUUGCCCAGAUCACCCAGUAGACUGUCAUCAUAAAUAAUCACAUUUAUUGUAGUCCUUUGGGAUCACUGAACACUGCUCUACGUGUACUUUAAAUCUAUACUGAAGACAUAGUGUUAUUGAUGAGGCUUUUUCAGUCGGUUUGAUUGGAUACUGGGAAAGGUUUUUGCUGCAGUUUUUUAGAAUGAGGUCAGUAUUUAGCCAUUUUGAUUAAACAAGUUUGGUCAUCGGAUCAAACAAGCAAAGAACAAAGCUGGAAAUCCCAAGUGGGCAAGACAGACCUGUAGUGCCGACUAAGGUAGCCAAUCAGAGUUCACUCACUUGUGGCGCUGGCUAUUAUAUUAAAAAAAGUGAAUCUCUUGCUGUUGACAAACCUAAAGUGUUAAUAUAUUAUUAAUAAUAUUGUUGUUAAUUUUUUUGCAGGUGAAAGAGUUUGCUGAAAAACUCAAGGCAGAGAAGCAAACAACAACUGCAAGAAGGACAUCAUGUAUGUUAAGUUUUUAGCAAAAUUUGAAUUCAGGAACAGUCGUAGAACUCUUAGGUUGCUGAAAAUCAGACAGUGCAAUGCAAUCAGUAUAGACUUUUGUUUCUUAUACGGUCAACUCCCGAUAACUCAAACCUUCUAGGGAAAUUAAAAAAAUUUGAGUCAACAGGAAUUUGAUUUAUUGGGAAUUUCAAGCAAAUAACCAGAAAUAAGGGAAUGAGAUGGGGAAUGAAUGCUGAUUCAUGGUUGUUAAAAUAAUUUCAUUGAUUCGGACAGCUGCACACUUUUUUUCAACUCGCAGGUACUUAAAGUGUGGUUUGAGUUAUAGAGGGUAAAUUUUUAUAGAAAUGAUCUGAAGUGAAACAAAAAUUACUUCCAGUUAGUGGGAGGUUCGAGUUACCGAAGGUAAAAUUAUAGUAAGUGUAUAAAGGAAAUCCAGGGAAAUCGAUUUUGAUUCGAGUUAAUUAGUGCGAGGUUUGAGUUAGUGAGGGUUCGAGUCAGCAGAAGUUGACUGUAGCGAUUUCAUGCUGUGUUAGUGCAACAAUUGUCAAAAUGCUCAUGCAAUUGUGAAAUGUCAUCAAUUUUGGCCCAUUUUUUUAGUUGUUUACUUACUAUACAAUUUUGGCCAGAAGAGUCGAAUAUUUAAUAUUCAAUGAUUCAAUCACCACCAAUGAUAAAAUUGUCAUUUGUAUGUGCCCAAUAAGAAAGUUGUUGCCUUAAAGAGUGAAACAUUGCUAAUAGUAUGUUCAACAACCAAAGUAUUGGCAAAAGGCCUCAGGACUUGAUAGUACUUUGUUUGAAACUUGACAAUAUUUUUAUCAACAUCAAUCUGUUCUUUUCAGCUUCAAGCAAACGGCCAAUUGCACCAAAAGAUACUGGACCUUUAGAGGUAUUUAGACAUAAUUUUAUAGCUGGUAGUGCUUGUCUGUUUAGUAGUGGAUGAACAAGCAAACAUAACAUUGAUAAAAUUAGAGUGUGUUUCAGUGUCUUCAUCAUCAAGUCAAUAAUAAUAGAAUGGACGUCUUCUCUUCAAAGAAAACUUUUCUUUCUUGCUCUGAAAAUGUAAAAUUCACAUCUUCUUGCCACUGUGUAACAUCCUCUAAUUAUCUGACUCUUUGUUUUUUAGGGGUGGAUAAAUGCUACGAAGAGAUUAAGAGGGGAUAAUGAUGUAGAUGGAACAUGCAUACCACAGGUAAGACUACGAUAAAUUAUACAACACCAUGUUUGUGUUUUGAAAAACUAUAAACUGUGUGGAUUUCCAAAAUGUGUUUUGUUUCUCCCCGCAAUCAGAGAUGUGUUAUUCUGUUUUUAUUAAAUAAGCAUGUAAUAUUUUUAAAUUCCUUCUGUGAGACUCCCUUAUGAAAAUGCGUACUGUAUUUUUUAGGGGAUAAAAAUUGUGGGGUGCGGAGAUCUAAAAUGACCAUCACCAGAGUUGUCUUGAACUCAGUGCUAAUGGGAACUAAUGGUGUAGUUGUUCCUGCUAGUUCUUGUUUUAGAAUAUUAUGCGUGAAUAUAAAUGUCUCUACCAGAGUGAGUUUCUGGUUAUUUCUAUGGUCGUUUCAGAAUUUUUCAAUAUGCACCCCAGCCAUUUUUUGAGGAAAUAAAAUUUGGACAUAAUUUGUAGGGUACUCAUUGCUAAGACUGCCAUCAAAAGGGCUAGUGUUGUCAAAGUUUUCCCCACCCUGGUCGUGACUGUCUCAACUACUAGUACAUGUAAUUCGUAGUAAAUGUAUGCUCUUUAUUCAGAUAUUUUCAUUCCUGGAUAAUUAGCUGUUUUAUAUUCCAAAAGCAUGUUCUGGAAGAUUAAUAAUAAUGUUAUUAAAUUAAUAAUUAUUGUAAAGUAUAAUUAAUGUCAAUCAUGACCCUCGCUCAGUAAAAUUUAUGGUCCAUGUAACUGGUUAAUUCAGAUUCAUUACAAAAUUAAUAGUGUACUGUAGACCAUUAUUCUUGAUAUAAUAUGGCCCCUGUAUAUUACUGAAAUGUCAGACAAAGUGCAGACUAUGGUUUUAACUGGUACUUAGCUUAACUUAGAUUAAUUUAAUGUUGUGUAAAAUUUACUGAUAAAGAAUAACCAUACAGUGUUGAACCCGUUGUCAAACCUUGGUGAUUACAUGGUUCGUACAAUGUUUUGAAGUACCAAAGCUAAAAUGACCAAAAUUUUGCACUAAUUUCACGUGAAAUGUACAGCCUGAAUAUUAAAAUUUUGUAUUAACAAAGGUCUCGGGUUUUCCUUGAUUUUUCUGUAACAAAAGUUGUACGAACUAUGAAAUCAAAGUAAUAUUCAAUCUGGAGUGGCAUCCCUCGUGCCUCUCAUAGCAGACACAAACUUCAAGAGAAGAAGAAUGCCAAGACUUAGAUUCUGGAAGUGAAAAUGCUCCUACAAGUACACAUGAGGAACUGCACUGUAAUGGCGACGGGAAAGAGGAAGAACAACAGCAAGUUCCUGAACUCACGAGCAACUCUGAUCAUCACAAAAAUACAUUAUCACCAAACAUUGUUACAGAGGAACAGUUUCAAAGGACUAACUCUCUUAUGGUAAGGGAACAAAGUUAGAUAGUCACAUAGUGGAAUCCUAAUUUUUUAACCUGAAGGGUGCAAAGGAAAUGAUUGGUUGAACUAUCAGGAGUUAGACAAAUUGGUUAAAGUUGAAGUUUGAUUGGGGGAGGGGACGGCAUUUUCAUUUAAAAUCCAUUAUGUUAGCUGGGAGGUACCCCACCCCUCCAUACACAGAUGGCCUCACCAAGGCUCUUUUGCACUGCUAAGUCAGUAAAAGUUACACCAACCUGGAACCAAGUGAAAUCAUUGAUGGGAAGGUAAGAGGGACAAGAGGAUGAGUAGACUAGUUUUUUGCAGCUCUCUUUCCUGAAAAGCACUGGUAAUAAAGCUUCGAGGAUGAGGUUCGCCCACAAUUAACAGUUCAAAACAUACAGGAAAAGGUAGCUGCCGAGAGUUCCUCUUGUCCCUUGCAUCAUGUGCUACCAACAAGAACAACUACAUGCGUUGACUCAAGCCUAACUCAAUUACCUAAGAUUGCGUCUUAGCAACUUUUUUUUGAAGCAUGAUUAUUUGUUUUCAUUAUUAUGUUUUCUCAGGAGGAUCUGCUCAAUAAUCAGAAGGAAAUGAUGCAGAAAAUUUCCGUUUUGGAGUCCACGCUUGAUGAUCUCCGAUCUGAUGGUUCAUCAACUCAGUCAUCUCUUAUGGAUAUGCUUACAAAGAUCGCCAGCAAACUUGAUUGUCUUAGUAAUAAUGCUCCUCAUGGGUGUUGUGGAGGACCUGUAAUUAUCCAAACAACUCCUCAUGCAAACCUUAUACACCAGCCUGUUCUGGGUUCGUGCAGUUCUUGUAGAGAUGGUGAACAAGAUAAAAGACAUGAAAGUUCAAUGCCUGUUUCUGAUAAAGAGAGCAGUACAAUGAAUGAGAAGAAUGACACAAUUGCUACAGUUUCUUUAAGCAGGACUUUAGUACAAACUUCAUCCACUAUUUCGCAGAGCAUAUCAUCUAGGAAAAGCAGCAGUGAGUCGUGUACUGCAAAUUUAAUUAUAGACAGUCACAAAGAUUCUUUGCCUCAAUCAAAAGAAAUACAAAGCAGCACAUCCUCACCUGAAGUCACUUUGUGUUCAGCUAGUGCACCCUUAACAGCUGAUUCAUCAGUGUCUACAAGUAAUUGUGGAUCAUCAAUAAAUGUUCUCUCUGAGUCUCCAACCAAAGUGACCACCACCAUUCCUCCUAAAGAACGUCUACCUGAAAGGUGUGAAGAAAAGUCUUUAAGACAAGAACCUUGUCUACCAGUGGUCGUAGAAUGUCAUUCAUUGUCAAAUAGAACCAGUUCUGUUGCAUCAGUCAUAAAUCUUUCUCCUAGCAUUGCUGUAACUGCCAUUGCUAAUUCAGUUCAAACUACAGUGGUUUCAAUGGCUUCAUCGCAGCAAAGAGGUCCAAUGUCUGAGCAAUUGAAUGUUACAGCACCACAACGGCCAUAUGUGACACCUAGUAGAGAUACUUUCGCUUCAGUCCAAACUACUGUGUCGUCAUUGCCUCCAUCAUACAUUGACCUUCAUAACACUUUGACAACCUCACCAGUUUUGAGCACAGUUGCGAGAAGUCCUGCGGCAAGGUUUGUCCCUGGAAAUAAUUCACAGGUGGUCUCCAGUCAUUUACCCCAACAUGCUUCCCCUGUACCUAACAUCUCCAUCCCUGUCAUCUCACUACCGAGUUCACAAAACAGGCAUUUGCCAAGGCAGUCAGUACAGAGUAUAACAAACACAUCAGCUCAAACAAGCCCUCCGCCUGGAUAUAUCACUCUUUCGCAUACCACAAAUGUAAAGCCAUCUACCAGCAAGGCUUAUGGUGUGCCACUAUCACUGCCCCAUGCACAAACUGGUGAAACAACUUUAAGGAAUCCUCCAAGUGGGAAAGCAAAAGAUCUUGAUGCAUUGUCUGCCGCAGAGUCAGUUAUAAGAAGGGCAAGUAAGUACAUAUUGAUUCAUUAUUUUUUGGCCUUAGGUCAGUGAUUUUGUUACCUCUGCAUCGUGCAUCCCUGAUGCAUAAAAAUUCCCAAAGAUGCAAAAUUGUUCCUGGUAUGCGUCCCAUAGGAUGCAAAGAUUGAUUGAUUGAUUGCUCUUUAAAUAGAAGGACUAUAUUUUAAUUUCUGUAAACUGUAACAAAGACUUUUGGAGUCUGUCUUCAGAUUAACUGUCUCGUUACUUAAAGGCCCGAGCAUGAUCAAUUUAGGACUCAUUUUUUUUUUAACUGGAACUCAUUGGCUCUGCACUAGUUGUAAGACUACAUGUAGGUUUCUGAUUCGGCUUCUAAUUUGCAAGUUAGACGAUAUCAGUCAUUUUCAUUAAAAUGUUUUAUCAUUCUUCUUGAUCUGAUGGUGACUGCAGUUUUAAACAAUUCAGAAACAUAUUUUUUAUUUUGUUUAGAGUGACAAAUCAUUCUGUUUUGGUCUAGGAAGGAAGGGGUGGGGGUUGUAUAUCACAAACAUGCCUUUAUAAAGGACAUGCACAUCUUAAGUUCUGCUGUUGGUGUUUUAUACAUGUAAGGCUGUCCUGGUCCAUGGGUUUCCUGUGUCACUGCUCUUUGUUACAAGACUCUGUCCUGUCAUUAAGAUUUCAAGUUGCUGGGUAAAUUGUAUUUAAAUGUAUUAGGUUUUGUAAAAACAACAACUCUGUCCAUGCAUCAAGCUUUUUUGUAAAUUUCUUUGCUGUCCCUGCCCAAAUACAACUAGUUGAGAACAGGAACAGCAAGAUGGCAUGUCUGGUGUUGAAUUAUAAAUUAAUAAUAUUAUUGUAAAUGAGAGCACUCUUGUGGAAGCAAUUUCUGGUAGGUAACCAACAUUUUUGUUUUUCCAGCCAUUGAAGCCUGUGAUAAACAAAGAAUGGAUGCAGCCUCACCAAAAGAAUUAUUGAAUGCAGGUGAAUUUAAUGACAGUUUCAUUCUUAAUAUUACAGAACAAAUUUUUUGUUGCUUUUUCUGGCCCAAGUGAGAAUUUUUGGCCAUAAAAAAAUAUAAUAUUAUUUUUAUGGGAAAAAACAAGGAUGUGUCAUUUACAGUUUACAGUCCUUUAAAGGUUAAUUCUGUUUAAAAUUUGUUUUAUAAAUUAAGUUACUGACCAAAAAUUAUUGGUGAACCACAGAACAAGAAAUGAAAACUUAUUAUUAUUAUUUAAUAAAAGCACUUUAUUUAAACUGUGCCAGUGUAUUUAGCAUGAAAGUACUAAUUAGCGACACUAUUUUUACGUCUCCUACUGGAGACGGGACCGCCAUUUUACGUGGUCAUUUGAGUCGUGUGAAGGUCUAGCCAUUAUUUGCAGGGGAGGCAGUGUCUUUAUUUCUCAGUUAUUUUAAGGCCCUUAUAAUUGGUCCUGCCCCCGGUAUCGAACCUGUGACCUCCCGCUCUGCAGUCAAUUGCUCUAACGACUGAGCUAAUCCUGCAGCAGUAGGAUUGAGAAACAAUAUUAUAUUCAUUUGUUAUUCGUUACAUGUGUAUUUUAAGCUGUUUUUUUUAUUAUUGUAGCCAUGUUGAUCAGUAACUACAUCACAGAUCAUCCUAACUCAGAGCAUCAAGAUCAGUGGCAGUCUUGCCUUUCUGCGAUAGUCACAGAUUACCACAAGAACCUUGAUCCUUCUAAAGGGGACUCUUUACAACUUGGUAGGGGAAAAAAGUUUGUUUAUCCAUUGUGUAGUCAGGGGCAUCCAACAUCAAUUUUCGGAAAAUAUCUGUUCGGAAGACGAUUUGAGAUCUAGAAUUUUCGGAACAUUUGUUGUAAAAUUUAGUGCUUGCCUGCCUCUCCUAGGAUUUUCGAACAUCCAAAAAAUGGUAUAAUUGCCGAUUUUUAACGGAUUUUUAUUCUGCCAAAUACCUAAUUUCAAUGAGAUACCAAAACCAACACAGAGAUUACAGACAGUGAUUUGACUGCACAGUGUUUGUGAAGAGACUAACAAAAUCCUGUAUUUUUUAUAGUGUCAAUUGGUUACAAUCCCUAUGUGGUACUCACCCAAUAUGACCUGGAAGACAUGCUGGAUAAGUCCAAAGGACGCCCAAAAUACUUUGCUCUGCGCCUUGCAGAGAAGCUCUUCGGCAUUGACGUCUUGAUCAAAUCCACACCCUAUGGAAUUGGAGGCAAAGCAGCCCUACAUCCAGUCAUAUUGGAUGCAAUCAAAGGUAUUUUAAUUUUAAUUUAUUGUGUGUAGUGGGCAAGAUAAAUAAGGCAAUGCACAAAAAAGGUGUUUCUUUGUCUGUUUGAUUUACUAUUAAUAAUAAUGAUGAUGAUGAUGAUGACUGUGAGUAAUGCUUAGUGACUUUAAAAUUCCUUUUUCUUCAUUUGAUGGAGAAAUGAAAGCUCUUUUUUUUUACUUGUCUGUCAGAUGGACACUUCUCAGAUUUUUGUUGUUGAAACGUUUUGUACAAAAUGGAUAAAACAUUUUAACCAUAACGACAGCAGAUGCUUAAAGGGUUUUAGUUAGAAGUUGAAUUGCCUUAUUUGAUUGUGCAAGUAUUUUUUAACAACACAAAUUUUGCUCUAGAAGAAGCUUAAAACAGGCUGAGUCUAACAUGUGUAGUAAGUGAUGGAUGCUCUGUAGUGAUGGGUUUCUAGCCAGGGGUGGAUCCAGGAUUUUUUUUAGGAGGGGGUGCACUUGUCUCUUGCUCUACUUCAACAAUAAACCACAUAGUUUUUUUUUUUUUUUUGCAGAAUACCGGUCGUAGUUAGAAAACCGCAGGUCAUCUCGUGGGGGGCGCACCCCUGCACCCUCCCCCUAGAUCCGCCCCUGCUAGCUAAUUCGUGAGAUUUCUAGAAAAUCUGAAAGCACAGCUCUAUGAUUGGUAGUUUGUAUUACUGUAAUAAAUUAUAGUACCUUUUGAAAUACUGUUCUCUGAAUUCUCCUGCAGUGGAAGUGUUGCGGCAGUUUGCAUCAGACAUGUCAAAUGAAGGGCAGAUAGCGUUAUGGAAAAGUUGUGUGACCAGUAUAGCUCAGCGAUGCAAGAGAGCACGGAAUCCACGUAAAGACAGGUCACAAAUGAGAGCAUCAGCAAAUAAUGUUGACGUAAGCCUACCAUCCAUGGCAGUUGGUGGAGGAAUACAGCUUAGUGAACCUGAUGAGAAUGAUGACUCCCAAGGGGAGUUAGACGAGGAGGACGACGACUGUGACAUGGGUAGUUUGGAUCAGUUAGCAGCAAGGCGUACGCCGCCUCUAAUCAGAAUACCCUCUGAUGACGAAAAAACGCCCACAAAGAAUGGUCCUGAGGAAGGUGAUUACAAUGAUGCUGGCUGCAUAACACCUGUGAAAGACUCCACUGCGAGACCUGAAUCUGUUGCUGAUUCCUCUAUGGAGAAAAAUGAUGGAACUGAGGGUGAACGGUCUAUACCACCUGGCAUUGACCCAGAUAUCACAGUUGUUCACUUGCCUUCAAACUUACAGACUUCGGUUGAGCCGCAAGUCAAAUCAACAGCUCAGAGGCAGAGUUCAGUUGUUGUGACGACAAGGCAUGCGACAGCAGGUAGUGGGAACAGUGGGAGUGUCUCAGGAGAAGAACGCACAAGGAUAGACACACAGCAGAGUGUUAGUGGUCGGGAGGGAGAAAAUAAUGAUGAAUCUAAAGAAAAAGGUUCACCUCUGGCUGGCAAUUCUUCUGGGAAUUACAUGGUGCAAAGUUUUCCCAAUCCUAAUGCCUCGAAAGAAAGCGUCACAGUGUCUGGCAUAAGAAUGACUGCUGAUUGUAAGUACAUGUGUCAUAUUGUUUAGCUCAAAUGCUUACUAUUAUAGCAAGGGUCCCUUGAGAGCUUAGUAUGGAAGUUAGAGCAAGAGCCAAAGAAGGUGAGAGGGGGUAGGGGAAGGUCCCUUGAGAGCUUAGUAUGGAAGUUAGAGCAAGAGCCAAAGAAGGGGAGAGGGGGUAGGGGAAGGUCCCUUGAGAGCUUAGUAUGGAAGUUAGAGCAAGAGCCAAAGAAGGUGAGAGGGGGUAGGGGAAGGUUUAGUGGCUAGUACUCCAUUCCUUUUCCUUUUCUUUCCCUUACUUCUUUUUGAUUGUGCGUCAACUUUCAAGCUUUGAUGCUCUCAAACUCUAAUGCAGACUAUUUAAACUUUUGAUCAUCACAGGGUGCAAAGAAAGUCAGUUUUACCGCUUGCCAUUCAGGCAAGUUUUUGCUAUAAUGUACUAGCCCAAACGUCAUUUCAACUAGCCUCCAAAGAAUUGCUGACCAGCAGAAUUGAUUACAUUUCUGUAAUUUGAAUUUCCCUAAAAACUUCACUUGCCUGUAAGGCGAGUUAUCCACAGAAUUCACUAGCCCAAUAGAAAAAUCCACUAGCCCUGGGCUACCGGACACUACUUUCUUUGCACACUGCAUGAGCAAUGCCUGGAAUGUUUUUUGUACGUUGUUUAUUGACAUUUAAACAUAGGGUUGACGUUAUUAAUAGUAAGUUUACUGUUAUUGUAUUAACAGUAUCUGAAAUCCUUCUCUAACAGACUUUCACGUAUUAGUCGGAGGAAACCCAAAUGUAGUCAUACCCCGUCAGAAAUAUUUAGAUGCUGUCACUAAGUCAAGCCAACCAACACACUUUGCUGUGCGUCUGGCAGAGUUGGUUUUUGGAGAUGAUGUGCUGGAGGCAUCAACAGUGACUGGAGGAAAACGUGGCACAAUGCAGCUGGAUCCAAUAAUGAUCAAAGCAAUACAAAGUAUGUUAAAAGAGCAUACUAAAAUACUAUUUAGGCAGACUCACUUCAUUUCAUAUAUAGUUGUUGUCUGAGAAAGGGUAUAUACUCGUUUUAGAGGGUUAAGCCUGGUUUCUGUCAGAUAAGGGACCUUAAUAAGAUGCAAGGAUGACGACAGCAGGUAAAACGUCACUUAAAAAGUGAAAUCGUGGUUUUUCAUUUUCAAUCUUCAUCGUGAUUAUUCCAUCUUUCUUACUUUGUUGAAUGUACGCAAACUCUCCUGGCGUUGAAUUCCUAAAAACCUUAUCCAAGUUAAAAAAGAGAAAGAAAAUUUUGUUGUUGCUUGUUUACGUCCUCUAUAAAAUGUGGAACUGGGUUUUUUCAUGUCGUAGUCAUGUAAAAUUGGCAAGAAAUGGACAAAAAAAACUGUGAUGCACGUGCAAAGUUGUUGAUUUGCUAGUUAUAACUAUUGUUUUUAUGACGUUCUUGUUGCCGUCACCGUCAUCUGAUCGUAAGGUCCCUAUUAUGAUUUCUAUCACUAGAAAAAAGUUCUCAACAGAUUAUAGCAAUUAAAUGGAAAGAACUGUUUGACAAUCUGUUAGUUUGUUUAUGUUGGUCAAAUAAUUUGCAAACUGUCUAUUUUCUAUGAUCCUUCAGUGUUUGUCAAAUUUCAUCGAGACAUUAGACAAAAUCUGAGGAUUUUCAUCCAACAUCUUCUCAACCGACUCAUCAAACUUUUCUCUCUGUGUGCUCCUUCCGCAAGGUUUUUAUGAAUUAACCAGCAGGGUGCAAAGAUUCAGUUUUACAGCUUGCCAUUUAGGCAAGAAUGAUGUGAGCUAGCAUAUACUAGCCCCCCCUUUCAACCAGCCCCUGCCCCCCCUUCCCCCCCAAAAAAUUGAAGAUUGAUUACAGUUCUUCUGUAAUUUUGAAUUUCCCCGAAAAAACUUCACUCGCCCCUUAGCCACUAGCCCUGGCCAGCUAUCAGACUUUGAGGAGGGCAUACAUGUACCAAGACAAGUACAUUGUGUAGUGUGUAGUGUUUCAACAAAAAUGAUGGCUACAGGUAUUGUUAGUUUUCUCUUGGAAGCUCCUCUUUUAAAGACAAGCAUCCUCAACUCCAACCCCUUUACUUGAGGCUUGUGGCUCAUUGCUUUAAUAUAUUUUUUAAUUUUUUAAUUCCACAGUGGAGGUCACAGAAAGAUUUUUAAAGACCCUUGAUCCAGAACAACAAAAUGUUGUGUGGCGUAAAUGUGUCACGAGUAUUGCUACCAGGUGUAAAACUCUGCGAUAUAACAGAGCAAAGACUUCUGAAAACCAGUGGACGUUAGUCCAUCCCAGCCAAGUUUCUCCAGAGUGACCUGGGUUUUUCAACAAACUAAUGCUAUGUAUGGUCAACUCUCUUUACUGUGCUUU